UCGGAUUCAGGUGUAUGGAAUAUUAAUGUACUACUGGCAAAUUAGUCACAAAGGCUUCCUUGGGUCAGUUGUCUUUAAUAAUAAUCAGCCUCUUAGGACGGGGCACAAGCGGGUGACCAGUCACCCUGGCGACAAAAUGCUCUUUUCCCCUGGCAGAAAGAGCCCUCGAGGGCGUUCAAUCUGCGACAAAAACCGCCUUUCCCCAUUCUGCAAGCACGCGGGGCCUACUGCACCAUCUAGCUUCCGCUGCGCGUCACUUUCCCUUCCGGGUCGGGACCCCAGCGAUUUCCAGGCUUGCGUACUGCUGUUCGAACGCCGGCCCCGCCCCCACCCCGUUGCCAGGGCGUCGGGCGGCUCAGAGCCGCCAAAGUCGGCCUGGAGAGGAGGCGUGGUGUCCUGCGGCCGGCUGGGGGGGGACUACAGAAUGGGCUGAGUCGGCGGCGGCUCUCAGGACAAGGUGGACAGCCCGGCGGGAGGCGUGACCCGGGUUGUGGCUGUUUAGGCUGUGGCCUUCAGGAGAGGGCGGGCCGCGUGGGCAGAUGCGGUACCGAGGUGGGGGUUCCCACGCUUGUGGACCGUAGCUGGUCACAAGAAACCCGCAAUGUUUGUUAGAGGGACUUUUUAACCUGCCUUCCUUCGUCGUUGCUGUUUUUUUGAAAAGGGAACUUGUUUUCUAAAUCCCGUAUUCUAAAAUGAUUCCUGAAUUAAGCGCGAAUCAGACCUCCCUUAGUCCCAAAAUGCUAAAUUAAUGCAGGACACCCAUGUAUUGUGGUGAAAAUUGGAACUUCUCCGACAACCUAAGAGUUCCCAGGAACAGGCUGUGCUGCAGCCAGCUCUCCUAGAUUUUGUUCUUAUAUUUGAAAGUAGGGGGUUAUCGACUCUACAGUACAUUAUCCAGCUUGAAAAUUUAAAGCAUGAACUUAUAACAUUUUCUUUAUUUCUGUGAAGCAGAAGCCCGGCUUGAAAAUGGAGAUGUAUGAAACUCUUGGAAAAGUGGGAGAGGGAAGUUAUGGAACGGUCAUGAAAUGCAAACACAAGGAUACUGGGCAGAUAGUGGCCAUUAAGAUAUUCUAUGAGAAACCAGAAAAAUCUGUCAACAAAAUUGCAACGAGAGAAAUAAAGUUUCUAAAGCAAUUUCGGCAUGAAAACCUGGUCAAUCUGAUUGAAGUUUUUAGACAAAAAAAGAAAAUUCAUUUGGUAUUUGAAUUUAUUGACCACACAGUCUUAGAUGAGUUGCAACAUUACUGUCACGGACUAGAGAGUAAGCGACUGAGAAAGUACCUGUUCCAGAUUCUUCGAGCGAUUGAGUAUCUUCACAAUAAUAAUAUUAUCCAUCGAGAUAUAAAGCCUGAGAAUAUUUUAGUCUCUCAGUCAGGGAUUACUAAGCUCUGUGAUUUUGGGUUUGCAAGGACGUUAGCAGCUCCUGGGGAUGUCUACACAGACUAUGUGGCCACUCGCUGGUACAGAGCUCCAGAACUGGUGUUAAAAGAUACCUCUUACGGAAAACCAGUGGACAUCUGGGCUUUGGGCUGUAUGAUCAUUGAGAUGGCCACUGGCAAUCCCUACCUUCCUAGCAGUUCAGAUUUGGAUUUGCUCCACAAGAUUGUUUUAAAAGUAGGCAACCUGACCCCGCACCUGCACAAUAUCUUUUCCAAGAGUCCUAUCUUUGCCGGGGUGGUUCUUCCUCAAGUUCAACACCCAAAAAAUGCAAGAAAGAAAUACCCAAAGCUCAAUGGAUUGCUGGCAGAUAUAGUUCAUGCUUGUUUACAAAUUGACCCUGCGGAAAGGAUAUCGUCUACUGAUCUUUUGCGUCACGAUUACUUUACUAGAGAUGGAUUUAUUGAGAAAUUUAUACCAGAGCUGAGAGCUAAAUUAUUACAAGAAGCAAAGGUUAAUUCCUUCAUAAAGCCAAGAGAGAAUUUUAAAGAAAAUGAACCUGUGAGAGAUGAGCGGAAACCAGCUUUUACCAACACGUUGCUUUAUGGAAACACAUCACUUCAUGGAAAGGAAACGGACAAAGACAAAAGACCCAAGGAGAUCAACGUCAGAGUUCUUAAGGCCAAAGGAGGGAAAGGCGAUGUCCCAGACCUGAAAAAGAUAGAGUAUGAAGGUGAACUCCACCAGCAGGGCACAGCCGAUGACAUGCACGCCUUGUCUCAGGAUAGAAAGCCCGCCAUUGCUGAAGUGCCAAAAACUGUCAAUCCCAGCAUGCACCCUGACGGUGUCAAAGAAGACCCACAUGCUGGAGGUUGUUUGAUAAUGCCACCCAUCAACCUGACAAGCAGUAAUUUGAUGGCUGCAAAUCUCAAUGCAAACCUCUCCCACCCCAAUUCACGGUUAACUGAAAGAGCAAAAAAGAGACGCACUUCUUCACAAACCAUUGGACAGACUUUGUCUAAUAGCAGACAGGAGGACACAGGUCCCACACAAAGCCAAGCAGAGAAAGGCGUAUUUAACGACCGAACAAGUCAGAGUGACCAAAUGGCAAGUGGAAACAAAAGAAAGCUGAAUUUUCCCAGAUGUGACAGGAAAGAAUUCCAUUUCCCUGAACUGCCAUUCACAAUACAGGCGAAGGAAACGAAAGGAAUGGAAGUUAAACAGGUGAAAGUGCUGAAGAGAGAGGCAAAGAAAACAGAUUCACCUAAAAUACCAACUUUACUCACUGUGGACCCAAAUCAAGAACAACAAGAGAAAGAACCCUAUGUGGCUAUGAAUGGGUAG